AUGUGUUUUCUUGCAGCAAAUGUGGUGACGGUGGGAAUCCUUUCCCAGGGAAGGUGUGGUCUCUCCAGCUGCGUCAGUAGUUACCUCGUGUCCAUGGCGGUGACGGAUCUGCUGGUCAUCAUCACCGCGGUGAUACUCAGCCGGAUUAGCGUCACUUACGCGGCGGGCAGUUUCCUGUCAAUUACCCCGGUGUGCAGCCUGAGCAGUGUCCUGAUUUAUGCGGCCAGGGAUAGUUCCGUCUGGUUGACGGUGGCUUUCACUUUCGACCGAUGUGUCGCCAUUGCCUACCAGAAACUUAAAACAACUUACUGUACACAGAGGUCAGCAGCCGUGGUUAUUGGCCUGGUCUGCGCUUUCAGCUGUUUGAAGAACAUCCCAUUUUAUUUUAUCUACAUGCCAUCCUACGUAAUUAAUGGCGUCCCCUGGUACUGUAACGUGAAGUCAACCUUUUACAAUUCUCCAAUAUGGAAGGCCUUUGACUGGAUCGAUUGCAUUCUCACCCCUUGGCUCCCAUUCAUCCUGAUCCUGCUGCUCAACGCUCUGACGGUCAGGCACAUCCUGUUCGCCAGCAGAGCCCGCAGGAGGCUUCGGGCGGGCGGGCCGGUAGACAACCGGAGCGACCCGGAAACUGAGAGCCGGAAGAAGUCGAUCAUCUUACUCUUCGCCAUUUCCGGGAGUUUCAUCCUCCUGUGGAUGACGUACGUUGCGAACUUCCUCUACGUUGAAAUCACCAAAGACAACUAUUCCGCUGGCUUCAACUUCAGAGACCCCAAGUUUGUUUUCCGUGAAGUGGGCAACAUGUUGCAGCUCCUGAGUUCCUGCUCCAACACCUGUAUUUAUGCCGUGACCCAGACCAAAUUUAGACAGCAGCUGAAGAAUCUGGUCAAACUUCCUCUCCGUCUGUGUUUUCAUUGA